AUCACUACUUUUAAGUUCAAAAUUUCAUGAGUAAGUUAAAUAGGAAGACAAAAAUAUGUAAUUUUCAAGUUUUAUUUUUUUUUAUUACCUGCAUUUAAACCCUAAAUUCAAAUUCGGAUUCCUAUGACCUAUUACUUGUUGCCAAAGACAAACCAACAUUUAAGGGCACAUGAUAUCCAACUGAACACUCGCACACACAGGAUCACACUCCCCAAAAUAUCUUCUUUAACAACCAUCUUCACAUAUUUCUCACAAAACCCUAAACCCACAAAUCUCAUUACACUGUUUAGGGUUUUUCCAAUUCCAUCCCCAAUUUCAAUUUCAAUUUUCCACCAUCACCAUGAUUACCACAAUUCUCCGAAGAGCUUCUUCAACUCUCUCACGCCGCGCCAUCCCCGCCGCCGAAGCUCUGCUUUCCACCGCCGCUGCCGGUGAACUCCGACAACUCUCCGUCCUCACAGCAAGGUCUUUCCAUUCAAAAUCACAACCUUUGUUAUUUCGUGCUUCUUUGUCUUCUCGUGCUGGUUAUGCUGCUGAAGCUUUUCCAUACGAAGAACCCUCGAAAGCAGUGAAUAGUGGUGAUGAUGGUCUUGAGAUCAAAAAGCUUGGGAUUUCUCAGGAUAUUGUUUCUGCUUUGGAAAAGAAAGGAAUCACUAAGCUUUUCCCUAUUCAGAGGGCUGUGAUGGAACCUGCUAUGCAAGGUCGUGAUAUGAUUGGUCGUGCUAGAACAGGAACGGGAAAAACUCUUGCUUUUGGGAUACCCAUUAUGGAUAAGAUCAUUCAGUUUAAUGCUAAACAUGGGCGAGGAAAGGAUCCUCUGGCUUUGGUUUUGGCACCGACUAGAGAACUUGCGAAGCAGGUGGAGAAGGAAUUCUAUGAAGCGGCACCUAACUUGGAUACUAUCUGUGUUUAUGGGGGUACACCCAUUUCUCAACAAAUGAGGCAGCUUGAUUAUGGUGUUGAUAUAGCGGUGGGCACGCCUGGACGAAUUAUUGAUCUUCUUAGUAGAGGUGCUCUGAAUUUGAAGGAAGUUCAGUUUGUUAUUCUCGAUGAAGCUGAUCAGAUGCUUCAAGUAGGGUUUCAGGAGGAUGUGGAGAAGAUCUUAGAGAGAUUGCCUGCCAAGAGACAAACUCUUAUGUUUUCAGCAACAAUGCCAUCUUGGAUAAAGCAGUUAACACGAAAUUACCUAAAAGAUCCCCUAACCAUUGAUCUUGUUGGAGAUUCCGAUCAGAAGCUAGCAGAUGGAAUUUCACUGUACUCAAUUGCAUCUGAUUCGUACGUCAAAGCAGGAAUUAUUGUUCCUCUGAUAAAAGAACAUGCAAAAGGAGGAAAAUGUAUUGUUUUCACUCAAACAAAACGUGAUGCUGAUCGAAUAUCACAUGGCAUGUCAAAAAGUAUUCCAUGUGAGGCCUUGCAUGGAGAUAUAUCACAAGCUCAGAGAGAAAGAACUCUUGCUGGAUUCAGAAAUGGCCAUUUUAAUGUUUUAGUGGCAACUGAUGUUGCUUCACGUGGGCUUGAUAUACCUAAUGUUGAUCUUGUAAUUCAUUAUGAGCUUCCCAAUAAUUCAGAGAUAUUUGUUCACCGAUCUGGACGAACAGGUCGUGCUGGUAAGAAAGGAACAGCUAUUCUAAUUUAUACAGAUGACCAAUCCAGGACUCUCAGGACUAUUGAGCGUGAUGUAGGUUGCAGAUUUAACGAGUUACCAAAGAUUGCCGUUGAUAGUUCAUCAAUGGGUGCAUUUAGCAUGGGUGGUGGGCGAUUUGGUGGUGGUGGCGGUGGAUUUGGUGGUCCAAGGAAUGGAUUUGGUAAUUCAGGCUUUAACCGUGGUCCUGGAUCUUUUGGAGGUCCAAGGAAUGGAUUUGGUGAUUCAGGCUUUAACCGUGGUCCUAGCCGUUCUGGGGGCUACGGUAAUUCAGGUGAAAGGUUUCCUGGCAACUCAUCUAGUGAAAAUAGAUAUGCCGGACCGAGCUCUGGUCGUUUCGGCUCCUUUGGUCCAGGUACUUCAGGAAAUAGAUCUGGAGGAUCACCCAGUGCAUUCAAGUUUAGCGGACCAGGUAGUUCAGAUCGCCCGGGUAGUUUUGGUGAUUUUGUGUCUGGUAAAACUGGCGGAUUUAGAUUUGGUGAUCGCCGUUAGAAAACCAUUAACUUAAUGAAAUAUCAUAAUAUCACCAUCCUCAUUUCUUGAUGGUAUUAGUUUUUGUAAAGUUUUUAGUUCUUUCAUUUCCUCUAAAGUUUAUAGGCAUGUAGGUUGAUGCCUGUAUUCCUAUAUCACUGGAUUGGAGAAGUUUAUAACAUAAGAAACACAAGUUCUGUUCAGCUUCAGCAAUAUAUUGUAUUAUGCUUCCAUCUAUCAAAAUGAAAAGAAAGGAGGGUUGUAGAAGCAAGCUUUAUGAAGUGGUUAUUCAAGAAAUGAGCAUAUAAAA